AUGCCACGCAGAGACUUUUUGCGAGAUCUCGCAGAUGCGGCAGUUCCUGGUCGAUUCUCCUGUCUCUCUGAUAUCAAAACAGGGGACUACGAUGGAUCGAUUUCCUUCAUAUUUGCAGCACCUGGGGCAAGCCUCACCAUUGAACUCCAGGCCAUAGUAUCGGACUCUCACGAUUAUCCCAAAGACCAUAGAUUUUUAGCUUUCUCAUCGUCCGAGAACUGUCCUAAGAGAGUCACUUCCUCCCUAGAAAAUGCAGUGUCCCUUUUCACAGGCUUAACUAUCCAUGAUUUGUUGAGCAAGAUUGAGAACAUCCUCACACACUUGAUGAUUGACCCCGAUUCCGCAUUCAGUGACCUAGGGGGCCCAGACACUCGUGACUUCGACGACGAUGAGUCGGCUGCCAAUGACACCAAUCCUGACUGGGAAUCUGAUGAUGAAAACAGAAUAUUUACAUCUACUCAAAACAAAGCCGAGCUACGAGGGAAGAUUCGCCGCGACCUUCGUGCGGUCAAAAACGCGGGAUUCAAAGUGGGAUACCUGGGGUCAACACAUGGUACCCUCAUUGUCUCGGUCUCUUGCCGUAUUUCUAAGCUUGGAAUUUCCGAGGAAGCUAUGAACGCCUGGAGUGUUGAGCCCUCAGAGUAUUUGGUCUUGUUGAUCCGUUAUCGACCGACUUACUUUGAUCUCCAAACAAUUAUCGAGGCAGCGGGUGACCCGAAGAUCACACGGGUUCAGAUGCAUGUUGGCCUCUGUAAUUCGUACAAGCCGUCGUUUGAGCACGCCAUGGAAGCCAUCAAUGAGCCACACGAUCAAGAGAUGAAAGAUAAGAGCCCAACUUCAGACAGAACCAUGUGUGGUCAUCUUCUCAGGCCGCUAUUCAUCGGCAGAUCGCUCAAUUUACUUCUGGGGGAGCGACUGCUUGGGAUCAUCAAUCUUCGACUAAAACAUGGGUUUUCAUGGGCAGGAGCAGAGCUGUUUUUCCAGACCAACCAAGGCAGGGUUUACACCAGCUCCGAGAUCUCUCUCGAGAAAUACCAUCAGCCGGACAGCUGGGCCACUUCGACGCCAGAAACUCUUGCUGCUGAUCAUAUGACUGAAGAGGAUCGCAAUAUCUCCAAUUUGUCUUUUCCUCUUCUUGCUGUGCAGUUUACCCUGAGACACUUUAUCAAAUGCACGGAGUUCUGCCUGGUUUGUCACUGCAAGACUGGUGAUACCUUUGAGGCACUGAAGCCCUAUGUCUGCUCCAACGCGUUGUGUCUGUAUCAAUACAUGGCGCUGGGCCUAGGUCCAAGCCUUGAACAUGAGAUCCGCUACCAACCAUUUGUCGUUGAUUUGCUCACUAGCCUGGCAUACGCGAGGGCUUCAGCCUGGCUUCUUGAAGACUUCCCGACUGGUCUUCGGCUGCGCGUACCUGCGAAAUUGUUCCCUCAAGUAGAUGCAGAUCGUACUGCAUACCAUGUUGGGCGAUUGAACGCAACUAAUCUUGAGAUUCGGUUGGAAAAGCCAAGUCCGGUCAAAGUCGGUGAUUGGAUUGUCAUCAUGGUUACGGUCGCAGUGACAGAGGAAUGGCAUUGUCGUGUUAAACACGUCGGUGAGACCUCGAAUCAUAUUUUCAUCUCGCCUCCAAUUAGGCAAGGCCAUCAGCUGCAGCCACAGGACCUGCGGGCUCCACCCCAGGAAGUGCAUUUUUUUGUUUACGACACCAAUCUGGACGAUUUGACACCCAUCCAAAAACAGCAGAUGAUUUCUUGUAUAUUGGGAAUGCUACCUAGUAUUGACGAAAUGAAGAACUUCAUCGGAAGUCACGAAAGGGGCAAGCUUCUCUCAUCGUGGAAAGAGGUUAUAUCUCCCGCUGGUUUGGACCUCUUACGCUGGGUUGUCGCCUCAAACCGAUCUUUCAUCAAGCAAGAUGACGACGAGCCUCGGCAUCAGGUAGUUGGAAUGAGUGAUUACGUCCAAUUCAGACUUGUGCAAGGUGCUGCCGAUAAAGAGCAGCGUUUUAUCAACGCCGUUAAUUCCAAUUCCUUGGCUGAGAAUCCCCAUCACCCUACCAUAUUCGCUUGGCAUGGCAGCUCUGUGAAUAAUUGGCACAGCAUUCUACGUGAGGGGUUUCACUUCAAACAAAUUGCGCAUGGCCGUGCGAAUGGUGAUGGCGUUUACAUGUCGAACAACUUCUAUACCUCAUUGGGGUACACUAUGACACAACUUCCCCUCACAUGGUCCGGGAGUCGACUCAAGCUCUUGACAGUGAUUUCUUUGAACGAGGUCGUCAAUGCUCCCGAGAAGUUUGUGAACCGUGACCCACACUAUGUCGUGCAGCACUUGGAUUGGAUCCAGCCAAGGUAUCUUUUCGUCAAGCUUCAAGAUCUCAAUGCACCUGGUAGAAGAACAGGUGCACCUGUGUACGGGAAUAUUUCCAUGAGCUCAAAAUCGCAGUCAUCAACUUAUGAGCAUGAUGAAAGUCUCAUGUACAAACAAGAUAAGCGCUAUCUAGCUGUUGGCCCCAAUGGACAGCCGAUCAAAAUUCCCAUCUCGAUAUUUAGCGGUCAACAAGGGAAAGUUCCUCGUACUGCUAGGGAAACCGGGUUUGCAGGCCUUGUGUCGUCACCUAAGAGAUGCACCAAGAGACGCAAGCAUUCAGUCGAGAAUAUCGAACAACAAGACAAUGAGGACAGCGCUAGCAUUGAUACGACCGUCGAUGAUCUCAAAAUUCUUCUCUCUGAUGAUGAGAUUUUUGAAAGUGCUCCAUCUCUAUCUGAAAGCCAUCAAGGCGCUAGCAUGCAAGCAAGAGCUGUCCCAGAAAUUGGCCCCGAGACUGAUUUCCAACCCGGAACCCUACAGGAGAGUUACUUGCCUACACUUUCUCCGCCCCAGUUUGCAACAACUUCGGCCACAAAGAUUCUACAACAACAUCUCCAGGCUACUAUCAAAAUUCAGGAGCAAGUUCCACUGCACGAGCUUGGGUGGUACGUCAAUCAUAGCUUGAUCACAACAGUCUAUCAGUGGAUUGUGGAGCUACAUACGUUUGAUCCAGCCCUCCCACUAGCAGAAGACCUCAGAACUAUCAAUCAAAAAAGCAUUGUCUUGGAGCUCCGCUUUCCUGCACAAUUUCCCAUGGACCCACCCCUUGUACGAGUCAUUCGCCCUCGUUUUCUCGAGUUCGCUGCCGGAGGCGGCGGGCACGUUACCGCCGGUGGCUCUAUGUGUAUGGAACUGCUUACACACUCGGGCUGGCUACCAACAGCUUCGAUUGAGAGUGUGUUGCUGCAGGUUCGCAUGGCCAUUACCAAUACUGAUCCCAGACCUGCACGUCUGAAUCUAAGCCUCGCAAACACCGACUACUCAGUGGGCGAGGCAGUGGCAGCCUACAGAAGAGUUGCAAUGGCGCAUGGAUGGCAGAUCUCGAAGGAUAUCGAGCAGCUUGCCUGGUGA